UGACACGUAUCUGUCCCGUCUCUCUGGCACACGGUUCAAAUCGACAAGAAAACAAAAACGACGAGAAGGCAAAGAGGUACCGACCUUUUCUCCUCCUUUUUCGCUCCGACGCUCAUCUCUCCUCUGUUUCCUACCUUCCACCUUAUCGUCGUCGUCGACCUGUAUGAGACGGGCCGAUAUUUUUGGCUGUUCUCUUCGUCUUGGAGGAAGAGGGAUGUUAGGGGGCCUUUGCCCGUGGACUCAAUCGGCAACGAUGCACUCCUUUUAGAUCCAGGCUUCUCUCCAUCUCCGUUGCUCCUCCACCGCCAUCAAAGCCUUCUCGCUUCGGGGACGAGCCUUCUUUGUUAUGAAAAUCGGAUCUUGGAAUGGAAGGGAGCGAGCUACCGCAAAGUGUGACGCCCUCGGAGAACGUCGAUUCCUCUGAUCUCUGUGAACCCCUCGAGGUCCGGGAGGAGGAUGACACGAAGCCAUCCUGCGGCCGAGGCAGCGGCGACUUCGCGAGCGAGAAGAGGGAAGGCUCCGCCUCGGGCGGCGGAAAGAGGCUGUUUGACAUCAUCCAGCAGGUGCGCAACGCGGAUGGGGAUUCCGGCAACGGCUCCAGGUGGAGGUCGCUGACGGACAGCCUCCGCCGCGCCGGUGCGGCUUUGACGGCGGUGUCCUCCAGCCAACCGUGUCCGAUCUCCGACCCCGAGGUCGCCGUUUCCAUCUGCCGCAAUCCCGUCGUUUCCCGCAACGUCUCCAUUAGGAAUCCUUACCCCAUCUCGGACCCCGAGCUCGUCGUCUCGUCCCGCUCCAACACCGUCCGCUGCCGCUCCGUUUCGCUCUCGGUCUCCGUUAGGAACUCCGAGCCUCCCGUCCAAGAACCCAUGGCCGUAGCCGUAGCGGCGGAGGAACCGCCCGCCGUCAGCAAAGAAAUCAGCGGCGGCCAUAAGACCUAUCCGGGCGACACCGACGAUUCCUGGGCGCCGGCUGCUGCACCAUCAAAGGAAGAAGAGGAGGAGGAGGAAGAGGAAGAAGAGGAGGAGCAGCCGGCUAAGAUGUCCCUGAUGGCGUUGCUGGAGCAGACGGAUAUGCAAUGGGGCGGUAGCGAGGAGGAGUUAGAGGCGGAGGAAGAGGAGGAGGAGGAGGAGGAAGUGGCGCAGGAUAAGCCGGAGGGUGGAGGGGAUGGGAUGUUGUACGUCUGCUGCGUAUGCAUGGUGCGGCACAAGGGGGCGGCGUUCAUCCCCUGCGGCCACACAUUUUGCCGGCUCUGCUCCCGGGAGCUCUGGGUCAGCCGCGGCAACUGUCCCCUCUGCAAUGGCUACAUUCUCGAGAUCCUCGACAUCUUCUAACUUCUCCUCCCAAUUUCCAACGUCCACCACCACCACCAUCACCAAUUGCUCUUCUAUAAUGACAAUGUCCCGUUUCAUGUUGCUAAGACUGUUGUUGCGUGUCUUAUUCAAUGGUCAUCGUUCCUGGAUUUUCCUGAUGCAUGCCAAGAUGGGAGAACAAUAUGUUAGUGAAACAAAAUGUUGGAUUUAGCGUCAUGUUGCUAAAUGCUGAUGUAUAAUGCUGGAUUUAGAUAUCAAUGAAACAAAAAAUUGUAUACAGGUCUUAUUGACCUUAUUAAU